AGCCUAUAGACGCCACGAGUCGGCGGCGCUACCGAGGGGCUGUGGGCGCUGCAGGUGGAACUUAGGGCUGUCAGUGCGCUUCCAGCUCCUCACGCCGACCCCGCGCGCAGCCCGCACUAUGGCAGCCCCGCCGCAGCUGAGGGCUCUGCUCGUAGUCGUCAACGCACUGCUGCGCAAGCGCCGCUACCACGCUGCGUUGGCCGUGCUUAAGGGCUUCCGGAACGGGGCUGUCUAUGGAGCCAAAAUCCGGGCCCCUCACGCGCUUGUCAUGACCUUUCUCUUCCGGAAUGGCAGCCUCCAGGAGAAGCUGUGGGCCAUACUGCAGGCCACGUAUAUCCACUCCUGGAACCUGGCACGGUUUGUGUUCACCUACAAGGGUCUCCGUGCCCUGCAGUCCCGCAUACAAGGCAAGACCUACCCAGCACACGCAUUCCUGGCAGCCUUCCUCGGGGGUAUCCUGGUGUUUGGAGAAAACAAUAACAUCAACAGCCAGAUCAACAUGUACCUGUUGUCACGCGUCCUGUUUGCCCUGAGCCGCCUGGCUGUAGAGAAGGGCUACAUCCCUGAACCCAGGUGGGACCCGUUCCCGCUGCUCACCGCAGUGGUGUGGGGGCUGGUGCUGUGGCUCUUUGAAUAUCACCGAUCCACCUUGCAGCCCUCGCUGCAGUCCUCCAUGACCUACCUCUAUGAGGACAGCAAUGUAUGGCACGACAUCUCAGACUUCCUCAUCUAUAACAAGAGCCGCCCCUCCAAUUAAUGCAGCCCUGAGGUGUCUAGCUGUGGCUCAAGAUUUGGCCCCGUGCAGACCCUCCCAAAGGACCUGCCUUCUCAAGAUCAUAGGCCUCAGACUCCAACUGGUGUUAUCCCAGGGUUCCGUUUGCCGAAGUAAAAACACUGAUUUUCAAAUCCCAGUGGGUACAUUUGUAUGGUGGCACAAGUGGCCGAAUCAGGCUGAGGAAUCUAGGGCUUGGUUCCAGCUGUGCAGCUGACUUCUGUGAGACUGGAGCCAGCCACACCACUCUCUAGGCCUCAAGGGUCAUGGAGCUCAGAGGAGGGCCCUGAGGUCUCUUUCUGGUGGGUAUGUUCAUUCUUCAACUGUUCUUAUGUCACAGAGGGCUCCUUGCUGGUGGGCAGUGGGUUGUAAAUACUUUUUAAAAAACAGUAAGUUCCUCAUCUCAGAUGCUGUUUUAUUGGAGAAGUUCUAGAGUCCCACUGUCCAAUAGAAACACAUGAGCCAUAUAUGUAAUUAAAAUGUUUCUAGUAGCCACAUUACAAAAAAGUAGAAGGCUGGGCACUGUGGCUCACUCUUGUAAUCUCAGAACUUUGGGAGGCUGAGGUGGGUGGAUCACUUGAGCUCAGGAGCUUGAGACCAGCCUGGGCAACAUGGUGAAACCCAGUUUCUGCAAAAAAUACAUAAAAUUAGCCGCAUUCCAUCACCCGUGGUUCCAGCUGAGGUGGGAGGAUCACUUGAGCCUGUGAGGUCGAGGCUACAGUGAGCAAAGAUCAUGCCAUUGCACUCCAGCCUGGGCGACAGUGAGACGCUGUCUCACCAAA